CCAGAGAGUAUUUUUACAUAUUACAUAAGUUAUGUAUUGAAUUGGAAUAAGACUGUAUAAAGAAGAAGAAGAAGAAGAAGAAGAAGAUCCCCAGGGAACUUGAAAUGUGUAUAUAUUAUUUCCCGUUUAUAGUGACAUGCAAAGCUGAAAUUGAAACCAGGAGUCAUCACCAAGAAUUAUCAAUCCACUGCCACCUGCCAAUCCAGGAAGGAACACAACACAACACAGCACAGCAGGAUCAUUCCUGAGAACCUCACACCACGAUAAGACAGAUGCAAUCCCCAGCGCCAACCACCCUCAAUACUACACUAUACAACUUUCCCCCCCAACUUGACCUCUAACUUUUCCAUCUCAAUCCUUCUACAAGCCACCUCCAACUUCUAACUCUUCCUCUUCAUCAUUUCGCACUCCUCCUCCAACUCCCAACAUGACCGAACAACAAAUAGUCACACACAAAACAUUCAUCCACAACCACUUCUUCAACACCACCAUCAUCAUCGAUUCAUCCCAUCAUCAUCAUCAUAUCCAGGACUCCAUCCCGAGCGAACUCGCGACUAUAUAUACAGAUCUCGAAUCCGCGCAGAGAGAUCUCACUGAUGCAUGUGAUGAUCUCCAAAGAAAUGCAGUGCCUAGACAUCUCAGGCAGGCACAGAUAGAUUUAGCGCAAGCGCAGAGGGAUAUUCGAUACUCUCAGCAGGUUAUGAGUCGCUUCUCACGGGGGAAUAUAGACUACUCUCGACCUCUCUGUGCUGGAUGUGGAAAGAUGCAUCGUGGGAGUUGUAGAGCGUAUUGUUCUCGUUGUCGAGUCAGUGGGCAUUCACGGGUGUAUUGUCCAGGAGGUACUACUGGUGGGGUGGUGAAUGUUUCUGGUACGGUUGGCUCUUACUACGGUAGAGGGGAACAGCGUCGUGAUAGGAAGAAGAAGAGGCGUAAUAGACGUGGAAAAUGCAAGGAUGAUGCCGUUGAGGUCAAGCAGGAGGGUGGAAAAGUGGAUAGAGAAGUGGUAGAGAUCAAAAAGGAGGUAAAGGAGUAGAUGGGAAGGAUGAGUGGAGGGAUCGUGCGUUAUAGACGCAGAGCAACUGAUGUUUACUGCUGCGAUAUAUCUGUACUCGUGGAGAGUGUGUCAAGGCUCAGCAGAAUGUAUGAUGUAUCGAGUUUUCAGCAUGUCCUAGAGAUCCCGCUUCUAUGACGGCCCAGCCUGCACAAUAUUUGUAUAAGCUAUAGGAAGCAUGGCUUAGCUAUGUGUCAAUGCAGGAAUAGGCACUUAUGUUGAAUUGUUCCUUGUAAACAGGUUCUCCUUGUAU